AUAUUGUACCUCUAAAUGUAAAAUAUAAGAUACAACUUAUAAACGAUUAAACCACUAUAAUACAUUAGAAUUAAUUUUAUCAUAUGUAUAAAUUAAUCACAACUAUUUAUGAAAGUAGAUCCAUGGUAAUAUCUCUUGUUUCUAUCAUAUAUUUAUGUAAACAACGCAAUCUCAACGAGAACAAUAUAUAUAUCAUAUAAAAUACGAGUAGUAAAGAAAAAAGCUAAGUUUUUAUGGCAAUAAUUUAAUAAAUCAUUGUGUAUCAAUUAUUUUUCCUUUGUUUCCUGUUUAAAAAAAAUCAUUUCCCGUACGUUUUAAUAAGUUCGAUAUAUCCAUAAAUACAACAAAAUGUUAUGGAAUUUUUAUUAUUAAAACAUAAGUAAUUUAUAACUUUAACUAUGUCGCGUGUUUUUCAUGUUUUUUUCUCUUCAAAAUAUAAGUUGAUAUAAACAUGAUUAUCGAUCUUAAUCGAUAUAUUGAAAAGUAUAAUUUCGAUUAUCGAUAGAACAAACAUAGAGAGAGAUCGUUAAAACGUUAUAACAUUAAAACAUACAAAAAUUGAUUUCAACAUUUAGUAUAAAAUUGUACACUUAAUAAGCUACUUUUUAUUAAAAAAAACUCAAAAUGCACAAAUAUCAAACGCUCCUUGAUCCGAUUGUGGUAUGUCCGUAUGACAAAAGUCACUCUGUCGCAAAAUCUCGUCUUCCAAAGCACAUUAUCAAAUGCGAAAAACAAUAUCCUGAACAUUAUAAGCUCAUGUGUCCAUAUAAUGCAUCCCACCGAUUGUCUAAAAAAGAAUUUGAGGAACAUAUCACUACCUGUCCCACACGUAAUAUAUUGGAAUCAGAAAUAUAUUCAGAAAUAAGAAAACAUGGUGCAACAAAUUUUGUACCUCCAGAUCUUUCAAGUACAAUAGAUUGUAAAGAAAAUUGGGACAUAGAUAUUAAUGACAAUUCCAAUACCAUAACUGAAGAAGAAUAUUCUGUGGGCAAUAACAUUGAUUCAAAGGCUCAUUGUGACUCUCCUCGAUAUAAAUUGAAAAAAAGAAGCUUAGAUGAUAUAUUUAUAAGAGCACCACGUGGUUUCUCUGAAGCUAUGUUAAAAGAAGGGAGUGAAGACUAUUGUAUUGAGGACCUAGAAUCAGUAGUUAGUUCAAUGGGAAUUGGCAGAGGAAAGAUUACAUUGAACACUGAUCAGUUGAAAAAAAUUGGGCUAGGAAGGGGAGCAAAUGAAGACUCUUGUAUAGAGGAUUCAGAAUCAGUAAUUAGUUCAAUGGGAAUUGGCAGAGGAAAGAUUACAUUGAACACUGAUCAGUUGAAAAAAAUUGGACUAAGAAGAGGAGCAAAUGGAGACUCUUGUAUAGAGGACUCAGAAUUAGUAGUUAGUUCAAUGGGAAUUGGCAGAGGAAAGAUUACACUGAACACUAAUCAGUUGAAAAAAAUUGGACUAGGAAGAGGAGCAAAUGAAGACUCUUGUAUAGAGGACUUAGAAUCAGUAGUUAGUUCAGUGGGAAUUGGCAGAGGGAAGAUUACAUUGAACACUGAUCAGUUGAGAAAAAUUGGACUAGGAAGGGGAGCAAAUGAAGACUCUUGUAUAGAGGACUUAGAAUCAGUAGUUAGUUCAAUGGGAAUUGGCAGAGGAAAGAUUACAUUGAACACUGAUAAGUUGAAAAAAAUUGGACUAGGCAGGGGAAGAUCAAUGAACAAUGUUUCAUAAGUGUAAUUCUGCUUUAUAAAUAAUGGUCAACAAAGAUAUAUAUAUGUAUUCAUAUUUUUUUUAAUUUAAAUAAAAUAAUUCAGUAUUAUCUAAAUAUUAUAUUUUUAUAUAUAAUUUACAAUAUGUAAUUUGUCAUUUACAUAUCUUAUGCUUAAAUAUUUGUUUAAUUUCAUGAACUUUCUCGUUUAUUUUAAAAAUUUACAUUUAAGAUAUUUACAAAUAUAGUGUAAAUGAUUUCUUAAUUAUCAAGUAUAAUUAAUUCUCCUAUAAAAAAGAAUAUUUUAAAAGUAUAUAAAAGAAGAAAGUAAAAUAUUUAAAUUACUUGCAAAAUAACAUUACAAUUGCAGUGGCAGUUGAUUCAUAUUCAUUAUUUAAGUUUCUCAUCUUUUCCAUAAUGUAAAAUUUAUGAAUUUUAAAUGUAAUUAGAAUGCAAUUAAACAUUAAUCAUAGUACAUAAAAUGGGAAUAUAACAAAUAAUAUAUUUUCUAAUUAUCGGUAGCAAUUAAUUUAGUAUAGAUUAUACUUUUAUGUUAUUUAACAUUGUCUUUAACAAUACAAGAUACUUUUUAUGUUUGUAUUUACAAUUAAUAAAAUUUUUUUAAAUUGUCUUUAACA